ACUGUGGUAACUGCAGUGGAAGUGGUAACCGGCUGUAACAGGAACCCUGAUAGGGGCAAUGAGAUACUCUCAAGUCCUACACUACUGUACUAACAUCUCUCAUGAAUGUGCCUUCUGGUGCUGAAUUGUGAUUGUUGUGCAAUUUAGAGUACCUGAAUACAUUGUAUACCACGGUGUACUUUUUUAUGGAGUACCAAAAUGCAAUGUAUAUUCGAGUGAAGCGAAACAAGACGACCUACUUCAUACAAUGUGAUCCAACAGAGACAAUUUUAAGCAUUAAACAGAAGUUGCAUUCACUAAUUGAUCAGCCUCCUGGUAAUCAGCAGCUGAUCUUGUUGGCCACAACUGAAGUUGUUUUGGAUGACUCAAAGACAUUGGCAGAUCAGAAGGUUGAAAAUGAUGCUGUUGUUGCAUUGACACUGAGAAAAGAUGACAGUGAGUUUGAAGAAGUAUCCAUUGCAAGGCCGGAAGAUUUUAUGUCGUCCUCAUGAUGCAGACUCCUUGUUCUGAACCCCGUGGGUUCUAUAUGUAGCUCUAAGCUUGCCUCUUUGCAUUAUUGCUCACCUUUUCCUGCUGUUAUCCGCAAUGGCAUCGCGUUAAUCCUUGAUUUGACUAUCCAACUGAUUGUACUUUUGUACCUACCAAAGUCUGUGCCGACUGAUUUUUCUCUCUAAACACACCUGAUUGUACCUGAGGAGCAUGGUGAGAGGAUCACUGUGGAUUCUGUUCGGGUCUUAAUCCAAUGAUGCUUUGUAAUCAUGAUUACUCGCA